AGUCAGAACUCAGGAGCUUUUCUGGCAAAUUGCGCCGAUUAUAAUAAGGAAUGCCAAAGCUUCCUCGAUCUUCAACGUAACGUUCACUUCCAGGCAUCUCUCUCUCUCUCUCUCUCUCAAAUUACGGAACCCCCAGCUUCAUAAUCUCUGCUGAUUUCUACGCAAUGGCUGCGAAUAAGUUCGAAGAGCGCGAACAAAACAUCAGGGGCAUCCUGGAUGGAAGUUGCAGAGCACCUGCCAGCUGUUCCUGUUUCAAGCUACUAAAGCCAAGUUUUGAUGAGGUCAACAAUCACUGUUCUAUAGGCAUUCUGCCAAUUUUUCUUGAGGAGGCUUCCUUUCCAGAAAGAUUAAAUUGUCCCUUUCACAGUUCACAUGGCCAAGAUGUCUGCAGCAUUUCAGUGUUGUCUGAUGAAGGCAACAAUAAACAAUGUGCUUCAGAGUUGGCAUUUCUAAGCUUCUUGGAAGUUUCUAAUCCAUCAAAAAAUCAGAUGUGCAUGGAUGCACAAUUGAAUUUCAAGAACUGCAUUGAUUUGCAAAUGAAAAGUUCUGAUGCUAUUCCCCCGUGCAUUGUUGACAUAAAUAAUGAAAAAGAAUGUUCAAAAACUCUUGAAUCUACUGAUGAAAUAGUGGAAAGUUUGAAAAGCGAGGGUGUGCUAACUCAUUUUCAGAAGUUGUUGCGGAGACAGGCAAGCUUUAAAAUAGGUGGAAAACUGAUGCAACUUUUGAUGAACCAUGGCACUUCGAGAGAUAAAUCAAUGAUUGAGAGGGCCCAUGAUACUCCAAAUAAUCAAUGGAGAAAAUAUAAGCGUGCUGCCUCAUUCGAUUCAAGAAAGAUCUCAUUCGAUUCAAGAAGGAUCGUUCUCCUUUUUUCAAUCUUGUCGAGUUUGGGAACAUUGGUACUGAUAUAUCUGACGCUGAGAGUUAGGCAGAAUGGUGAUGGUUAUGUUCCCGUCUGAUGGUAUUUUCUUGCCUUCUCUGCAUUCUAAUUCAUGCUUCAACUUGCUUUUAUGGAGUUCUCUUGCGAACUACCUGUGAAAUUUGCUUCUUUGUAAUGUUCAUAAAAACAUGUUUCUGAGUGUCUAUUUUCUGUACAUAAGUAGUAUCAUUCGCAUUUCUACUAGGUUCUGUAAUGUCCAACUCUCACUAGUUUGUCACGAGUCACGAUCUUCUUAGUUUCGCAA